AUGCCCAACGAAACCCCCCUCAAGCGCCGCCGCACCCGCUCCGACUACAUCUUCCACCAGACCUACCGCACACGAUGGCACGACAACGACAUGUACGCGCACCUCAACAACACAAUCUACGCGCAACUCUUCGACUCCAUCAUAAACGCCUACCUGAUCUCUCACUGCGGAAUGGACCCCUUCAGCUACGGCUCCCCCACACCUCCAAAGAACGACAUAAACCCCUCCGGCCAGGUCGCGAUCAUGGUCAACUCCUACUGCGACUACUUCGCCUCCGUCUCGUACCCGGAUAUCCUGGAAUUAGGGCUGCGGGUGAAUAAGCUGGGUUCGACGAGCGUUACGUAUGAGGUGGGUGUUUUUAAGCAGGGUGAGGAGGAGGUCAAGGUUGUUGGGGGGUAUACGCAUGUUUGGUGUGAGAGGGGUGUUAUGAGGCCGGCGAAGGGCGGGAUGGAGAGAGGGAUUAGGGAGGCGUUGGGGAGAUUGCUUGUCAAUGAGACGAGUAAGAUUUGA